AUGAUUAAGAUACUGGCAAGGUCUAAAAGAAAAGCUUACGUGUACUAUGCAUCAGUGGCACUAUGGGUAAUAAUAAUACUCACUUGGUAUCAUUACAACUACAGAUCUGUUGAUGUAACCAAUGACUCUUUUUACGAUAUUUAUGAUGAUAACUAUAUCGAAGCUUCCCGGCCUAAUCAGAAAUCAUCAAAUUCGAAACUUUCUGGAACUUCAAACAAUAAUAACCCUUCACUGCCAAACACAGCCACUGAAUCUGAUUCACUAGAUGAAGAAGAUGCCAAGUUCCCUGAUUUCAAAAAGACAUCGACAUACCAAGCACUACUUGAUGAUUACAAGAUCUCCAAAGAAAUAGACUUCCAUUCGACUGUAUAUGACUCAAUUUUUCAACAACAUUCAGUGGAAUCGGUAUUGGGCAAUUUGAACUUCCAACAACGAUGCGACUUAUUUUUUAAACACAUAUUCCUAAAUGACCCCAAUUGGAGAUUUAACGCAGAUCAAAAUUAUAAUGUGGUUUGGGGUGAACCUUACCUGACAUACACAUUACUGCACAAGCAGGAAUUGAUAAGGGAGUAUGAACAGCAGUUGAAAACAAAACAACAGGGCUCACCACAAGAUCUGGAUCCACAAAAACAACCCACGGAGAUUGAAUUGCAUAUGAGAUUGCAAAGACUACAACGAAUUGAACAUCAAAAAGAGCAAGCUUUGAAACAGCAAAAGGCACAACUUGAACAUCAGCAACGGAAACAAAACCAAAACCAAAACCAAAACCAAAACCAAAAACAGAAUCCACCAUCACAACAAGAGCAAAAGGAGAACAACGAGCAACAACCUAAUAACCAGUUGAACUCAAGACAAACACUGUAUGAAGAAGACCCCGAUUUUCAAGAAUUCCAACGACAAUCAUACAUACAAUGGAAAACUCACGAAUUAAAUCAAAAAGUUGUUGAUAAUGUUAGUAUACUAAGGCUCUACAACAAAUGCUAUAUCACCAAUGACGACUCUAAACAACAACAAUCAACCAACCUGUUUAUCAAGAAGCAAAAAUCUUUGAUUCGUGAUAUUGACGACGAAGUAAAUCAAGUCCCCAAGUUUACUCCAUCAAGUCAAGAAAGACGUGUUUCUGAUGUUGAAUUCAGUGAAGUGUUCCAACGCCGAAUCUACCCGUGGCUUUCAUUUGAAAUGCCGGUAUUUGAACGCUGGACAGGAGAAAUUUCCAACAUGCCGCCCAACUACAGGAAAAUCCUCGGUGAUAAUAGCCAACCAGUAGCAAAGCCAACAAAAUCAAACAACUACAAUUUCCUUAGGAUGUUUAAAGGCUCUUGUCAAGGUAAAGGUAUUGUUUUAUCCAUAGCCGAUAAGCACGUCGAUUAUACUGUCAGUUUAAUCCACUCGCUUCGAGCAUUAAACAACAAAUUGCCCAUUCAAAUUGUUUAUUUUGACAAUUUAAAUGACGAGACAAAGAGGAAAAUUGUUACUGCUGCUCGUGAAGAUUUCGCUCAUUUACCUCAAUCAUACAAAAAGAUUGCUCACUUAUUCCCCUCCGAUUAUCUUGAUCCAAAGUCAAAGGGGUUGCCCAAACAGGAAGUCUGGUUUGUUAAUACUGCCAGUGUCAUAAACGAACCAUUCAAGUCCAAGUUUGGCGGGUUUUCCAAUAAGCUAUUGGCGACAUUUUUCAAUUCGUUUAAUGAAAUGAUGAUUAUUGAUGCCGAUACAGUAAUGAUGCAGAAUCCAAAGAGUUAUUUCGAACUUGAGGGUUAUAAAAAUACGGGUACUUUUUUCUUCCGCGAUCGUGCCACUAUUGAAAACCGACCAAUGGCGGAUGGCCAAUUCUUUACUAAAGUUUCUCAAUCGACGGUUGAUUCACUCAUGUUUGAUGUGCCUUUGCUCACCAACUAUACAUUACGUUUCGACUUUUUCCGCGGGAUUUCUCACACUAUGGAAUCAGGUAUGGUUUUAAUUGAUCGUCAAUUGCAUUUUAAUUCAAUUCUCAUGGUUGUUCAUCUGAAUUUCAUUAACCCCUUGGAACGUUUAUCAUACGGCGAUAAAGAAUUAUAUUGGCUUGGAUUUGCUCUUGCUGGUGAUGAAGAUUACCAUUUCAAUAAACAUGGAGCUGCCGCAAUUGGACAAAUGACUAACCCCAAUGACCGAUUACGACCAGAUGGAUCGAUCCACAAUUCGAAGGAAUUGUGUUCUCCCCACCCCGGUCAUGUCAGUGAAGAAAACAACCAUACGUUGCUUUGGAUCAAUUCAGGAUUCCGAUUCUGUCAUCAAGCGCCACAGGUGGACUUCGAAAAAGAAGCAUCUUUGGGAAGACGUUUGAAAUUUCUUCCACAAACUGUCGAAGCAUUCAAAGCAUUUUACUACAACCCGCUCCGCAUCCAAACGGCAAUUGUGCCGCCUAAAGACCCUGACUUCCGUCAUCGAAAUAAUAUUCAAGAUGAGCCGAAUAAUGGAUGGUUGAUGGACUAUCAGUAUUGUAAAAUGUAUCUUUGGUGUGCUUAUUCGGUGAUUGGUGGUAAAGUCAAUGAGGAGGAGGAUAACACUAUGAAGGGGUUGGUUAUUGAAUACAGUGCAAAGGAGAGGGCUAUGUUUGAUUAUUUGGGUGAUGUUUGGAUCGGAAUGGAUUGA